GCUGGCUAGAAAGGAACGCCUUCUUUUGGCUCCUGAACAGCUUUGAUAUUUUCGGUAGUAUAUAUCUACAGAAAUAUGGACGUGACAGUUAUAGGAAGUUGCAUGACGGAUCUCGUCAGCUAUGUACCAAGAUUACCUAAACCAGGCGAGACCCUCCACGGUACCAAAUUUGCAAUAGGAUUUGGUGGCAAGGGAGCUAACCAGUGUAUUGUUGCAGCACGAUUGGGUGCCAGAACAGCUAUGGUAGCAAAGGUUGGAGAUGACACUUUUGGAAAAGAUUACAUUCAGAAUUUCAAGGAUAAUGAAGUGAUGAUAGAGCAUGUUGGAGUUACCUCUAAAGCUGGCACAGGUGUCGCACCUAUCUGUGUAAAUCAGGACGGACAGAAUUCAAUAGUUAUUGUGGCUGGAGCUAACCUUUUGCUAACAGAGGAUGAUGUCAGGGCUGCCGAGGCUGUUGUCAAGGAGACCAAAAUUGUCAUUUGUCAACUGGAGAUACCUGCUCAGUCUACACUUGCAGCUUUGAAACUGGCCAAAAAACACAAAGUGAUGAGUAUUUUCAAUCCAGCUCCAGCACAAUCUGGACUGUCUGACGAGUUUUUUACCGAAUGCGACAUCUUCUGUGCCAAUGAAACAGAGGUAGAGAUCCUUACAGGUUUACCUGUUAAGACUGAAGAGGAUGCAUGCAAAGCUACACUGGCUUUGCUAGACAAAGGAUGUGGAAUAGUUAUACUCACACUAGGAGUCAUGGGAUCAGUGUUUGCUUCCAAGGACGAACCAAAGCCCACCCAUGUGGCAGCUCAAUCUGUCACAGCAGUUGAUACCACUGGUGCUGGUGAUGCGUUUGUGGGAGCCUUGGCAUACUAUCUAACAAACAACCCCUCUCUGACCAUUAAAGAGGUCAUUAAGAGGUCUACUGUGGUGGCAGGAGUUAGUGUUCAGUCACCUGGUACACAGACAAGCUUUCCGUGGAAGAAAGACCUACCACCAGAUUUGUUCAGUUAAUGUUUAAGAAAUAAAAAAAUUUAGAAUCUUUAAA